GUGGAGCUUCGGGGCCUGGCGCCAGCCCCGGGCACCCAGCACAUCCUGCAGGACACGACCGACCUCCCUGCGCUCCACAACGUCUCCUACCAGCUCCUCGCGGGCUCCCCGACACCCCACAAAAAAUUCUUGGCAGUGGGACUGGCCUCUGUGCAGCGGCCACAUGGCUACUACCUCCCAGCCACACUGCAGUCCCUCUUCAAGCAGUCAACGGAGGAAGAGCUGCAGGAGAUGGUGGUGGUGGUGCACCUGGCUGACAAGGACCCCGCGUGGAACACCCAGGUGGCCGCCAGCAUCGCCCACAAGUUUGCUCCCCACAUCCUCCUGGGCCGGCUGCUGCUCAUCCACGCUCCCCAGGAGUUCUACCCCACCCUGGAGGGCCUCAAGAGAAACUACAACGACCCGGAGGAGCGGGUGAAGUUCAGGUCCAAGCAGAACGUGGACUACGCCUUCCUCCUCGCCUUCGCCGCCAACCUCUCCUCCUACUACCUGAUGAUUGAGGAUGAUGUCUGGUGUGCCAGGUCCUUCCUGACGGCCAUCCGCAAGGCGCUGGCCUCCCGGGAAGGCUCCAGCUGGGCCACCCUGGAGUUCUCCAAGCUGGGCUACAUCGGCAAGCUCUACCGCUCCAGCGACCUGCCUCGCCUGGCGCGCUUCCUCCUCCUCUUCUACCAGGAGAUGCCCUGCGACUGGCUGCUGGUCCACUUCCGCCUCCUGCUCACGCAGAAGGACGUCAUCCGCUUCAAAAAAAUCCACCCCCCCUCCGAGGGCACCUUCAACCGCCUGGAGGACGACGACUUCCAAGCUGACGCCUUGGACCUUCCGGACAACCCGCCGGCGGCCUUGUUCACCAGCAUGUCCGUCUUUGAGAACUACGAGCCCCUCAAGGCUUACAGCACAGCAGAGGGGUAUUUUUGGGGGAAGCACCCGGCAGCUGGCAGCACCUUCUCCAUCGUGUUCCAGCAGCCAGGGAGGACGACGACUUCCAAGCUGACGCCUUGGACCUUCCGGACAACCCGCCGGCGGCCUUGUUCACCAGCAUGUCCNGUGGGCACCUUCCAGAGGGGCACCUUCGAGCAGGGGGGGCUGGAGAAGGCCGUGCCCGGCCCCGUGGAGUGCGUGAGGAUCCGGGUGACGCGGGACCAGAGCGAGUGGCUCAUCAUCCGCAGCGUCGACGUCUGGACGGCGGCGGGCGCCUGA